AUGACGCCGCUGCUUACGCUGCCGACGUCUCACACCGAGCUGCAGUGGUACUACACGCGCGAGGAACUUGUCGACUCGCCAUCCAUUCGCGAAGGGGUGACAGUCGCAGAGGAGCGGAAGCAGCGGGCGAGGGCGGUGCGGCGACUGUGGAAGCUGCGGGAUCCUCUCACAGUGCGACAGUCGGUCAUCUCAACAGCUGCGACAUUCAUUCACCGGUUCUUCAUGCGCGAAUCGAUGAAGAAGUGGCACUACGAUGACGUCGCAGUCGCCGCCUUCUUCCUCGCCUGCAAGUCUGAAGAAGAGCCACGGCCGAUCAAGAGCAUCGUCUCUUCGGUGCUGCAACGGUCAGGCCAACUCGAAGCCGCCGCCAAUUCUCAGUCGCCCGCCUUCAUCGACUACCGCAAGAAGCUGGUCGCGACGGAAGAAGCCAUGCUGCGGACGCUGUGCUACGACUUGACUGUCCGACAACCGCACUGGCUUGCGGUCAAGGCGGCAACGCAGAUGUGGACGGGCGUGCAGGCCGAGGUUGGGACGAAGGUCGCGAAAGUCGCCUGGAACUUCCUGACGGACUCCCUCGUUCAACCGCUUUGCUUGCUCUAUCGACCCGAAGUCAUCGCCGCCGCCUCUCUCCUGCUCGCCUGCGCACAACUCGACAUCCCGUUCCCCGCCGAAGCACCCUCUCUCUCGGAACAAAAGUCCCUGCACGACCUCGCGAUUCAAGAAGCGGAGGAAGGGGAGGAGCCGCCGGCGUACGAGCCCGUUCGUGGCUGGAAGGAGUUGCUCGGCGUCGAGGCGUCGGAGCUUGCGGAUGCCGCACGAGACAUGCUCGGCGGCUACAAGCUUGCGGAGGACGACUUUGUGGCUGCCGAAGCGGCGCAGCUUCAUCCCAAAGUCGAGCAAGCGCUCGCGAAUCUGGCCAAGUCACCCUCGCCCGCAGUUGACGGCGAGCGGAUGGACGUCGACUCGCCUGCAUCGUGA